AUGGCGAUGGAGAGGGAGGAAAAAGCUGCAGUUCUGUAUCGUUUCGUCCAAGAGUUGCAACUUAGAUAUUGGUGUCAUCUAGAAAAUUGCUUUGCAUUUCUUUUUUCAUUGUCAAUUGCAGUCAAUUUAUGUUGUAUAACAAUUUUAUUUUAUCUCUUAUUUUCUCUUUCUCAGAUCAACCUCCGCCUCAUCCUGGUGAGCGGGAAGACGAAAGAAUUCCUCUUCAGUCCCAGCGAGUCUGCAGGGGACAUCGCUCAGUUCGUCUUCGAUAACUGGCCUGAAGAAUGGGCAGAUGAAAGCGUGAGUAAAGCUGAAAUCCUGCGCUUGAUCUACCAAGGGAGGUUUCUGCAUGGCAAUGUGACGCUAGGGGCACUGGGCCUCCCUACAGGCAAGACCUGUGUCAUGCAUCUCGUCCCUAGAGAGAACCUGCCCGAGCCCAAUUCGCAAGAUCAGCGGCAGAAGAGCAAGGGUGGAACCUCCAGCUGCUGCUCAGCCUCCUGCGCCAUCCUCUAGUGCGUCACAGAUCCCAGGACACUUCCCAGCAUCACCACCUCCUAGUGUGGCUCCAUCCGUUACCAACAGCCACUUCUGCAAUCCUCCAGUCACUUGAAUGCCCUAUCUGCAAGUGUACCCUAUUGGCUGGCACCUCAUGCGACCUGGGUUUGUCUCCCAAGGAAAAGUGGCCAGUUUCCAAAGUGCACUGUGGGUCUUCCUUUUCUUAGAUCAUGUGGACUCACUCAUGGGGACAGGCUUGGCAUGUUGCCACCACCAGACUGAAUAAAUCCAGUAAAGUGGCAGUGAAUUUGCCUGUGUGAAAGUUGGACAAUGUGGCACAGUCAGAAUAAUCUUUGAUUAACACUUAAUCAGCUGCUGUAGACUGGCCUUGUGGAAUCAUAUAUUAUACUAUACUGUUAUCCAUCACUGUAAGAGGACUUUAUUAAAGCCAGAAAAGAGUUUAAUGGAAACUGAGUGAUAUAGUAGUUAUAGCAUAAUUAAAAGUGGUGUGUUGUUGUGACAGUUGAAGUGCUAAGCUCCCUCCAGCUACCUUGCAGAACCCCAGAACCAUGUAUAGUUUACUUGGAAAGGUACAAUUCUACAAGCAUUCACUGCCCUUCUGAUCACAACAUGGAGUCUGGUAGAAAGAGAAAAAUGUAUUGGUUGUAGAAAAAGCAAGAAACAAAAGAUCUGUUUAUGGAAUAAGGAUGGUUAGGAUGAUAAAGCAAAGGAAGAAGGCAAAGAGGGAUGUGGGAUGUUUUCCCGGGAGUGGGUCAGUCUGUGAUGAAUUUCUUCCCUAAUAUCCUCUGCCAGAGAUGGAGAGGCAUUAACCACAAGGUUAUGAGUUGUUUCAUCAGAGAAAAUAUAGUUAUGUGGUGAGGACAUGUUCACAGACUUGUAAGUCAAUACUAUAAUGUGUCUUCUUGCAAUAUUGGAACCUAAACUUCAUGUGUUGUGCAGUGAAGUUUCAGAGCUUUCAUCCAGUGACUGGUAAUGGGUUUUGCAGGCACUGGUACAACUCACAAGUGUACAUAUAUAUAUAUAUAAUAAGGAAAUUAAAAAAAAGAUUAUGUGAUAUAAAACAAUGUGUAGCUCACUCAUAUAACUUUCAUCUGUCCAGACAGUGUUUCAAGGUGGUUGUCUACACCUGUGUUGCUUUGUUUGUUUCUUGCCAUGUGGGUCAGCUCUCCUCAGGUGUGAUACCGGGCAUGCUGUGGGUACCUGGGCAACAACAUGUCUACUCCAUACUUCCAGUGAAAGAGUGAUUCAUGUCCAAAAUAUUAAUUACAUGCAGUAUAUUAGAACCUGUCAUGUAUGUUUAUAGUAGAGUUGUGUUAUUGCUAUUGUUACACAAAUUUAAAAUCUGCUGGCUCAUGUUAGUCUGGUUUUGCAAAGUACCGUUGGAUCCCUUAUGAUCUCUUUUUAGAUUACUGUCAUCUGAGUUGAAGAGCGGUUUAACUUCCCCGUGAUUUUACCGGGGGGAUAUAAGCCACAUUUAACAUGGCUGAAAUGGUGCUUAGCCCAGCAUGCCCCAUGUGUCUGUGUGACCUGAUGCGUGACCCCUCCAGUCCCACAGCUGUUGAUGUGACAGCCGUUACCUUUUUGUAAGAUGCUGUUAUGUGAGCAAAGCUUUACAGUGUUACUCCUAGCUUUGUGAGCUCUGGUCCAUAGUGACUGAAGCUGCCCCACUUAAUCAAUGUUUCCUUUAUUUAGCCAUACUAGACUUGCCAUGUAAUGUAUCAUGUAGACAUGAUAUUCAUACUCCAUCUUCCAGCUCCAGUCACAGUGGCCGCUGAUGCUCGUCACGUGUAACAGGUGAUUAUCGAGGUCAGAGUUAGAAUGAUGUUAUGUUAAAAAGUGUGAAAACUUGAGUAUUCCUCAUUGUAGAUGGGACUUUAGUCUGUAGUUACAACUCAACUCAGAAUUGAAUGAUGACCAAGACCCAACAAUGAGAGACUUUUAUCUUAUAACUUUAUUGUCUCGUUUUCAGAUAUGAGGAUAUGUGAGUGUUUGCAUGUUUUCUUUCUAUAGAAUAUAUAUAUCUUGGCAUUUACCAUGAAUGUCUUUGUGCUAUACACAUCAUUCAUCACAUUUCAUUUCAUCGUAUCUCAUACAUUUACUGCUCAUUCACCAUCAGCAUGUCAGAAUAAUUUGCGAUGUUCCUCAAGAAGAGAGAUGUGUCCCUGUCCGCCAUUGGAAGUGGGGAGAAUGUGAAGGAUCCUUAUUCGUGCUUUACUUGAGUUAUUGACAUGAUUUUCUUAUUUUGUUCAUUGACAGGGAGGCUCAAGUGAGAAGAUGGUAAUAAUAUAUUUUGAUCAUUCAUGUAACCUCCAAGCUUUGUGCACUUUUUUUUCCUUUCUUUAUUAUCUUAUCUUUUCUGAUUUUUAUCAUUCUAGGUUUCAUGAACAUAUGGAUGAGGUUUUGAAUUCUGAAAUAAUUUAUUUUUGUUUAUCUCAUCUUGAUUGCUAAUCUGUUGAUAAAACUUACCACAUCAAAAGAAAUAUUUGGUUACUCAGUUGUUCAUUAACUAUUUUCACAAUUCAUUCUCAUUGAUAAAUUUGUUUAUUUGGUAUAUAACUGGUUAACUUAAUUUAUUCAGGAAGAGACUUGGUUGAUGUGUAACAUUUUUGUAUCCAUAAUCCUGAUUGGGCAAUCAGCCCUAUGCAAGUGGCAUCAUCAUGGAUCUAGAAAUUAUGACAUUUGUGAGCACACUUUUCAUAUUAAGAAAAAAAAAAGAGAGAGGAAAAAAAAAGGACAUAAGAGACGACUCCAAUAUUGUGACUCGCCUCAGCACACUUUUAGUAUCAUGAGGGAAGUAAAUAAUCAGAUUUUCAAAGAGCAUCUUCUCUUUUUUGCUUGCAUUAGACUCACUCAGGACUUACCGACAACAAUCAAAUUCUUAAAUCUAGGCAACUGUUUCAACACUGGUAAACUUUUCUUGUAACAUUAUAACUUACCUCUUCAUGAAACUGUGUGACAGGGAGUUAGCAACACUUUUGUAGCCUUGUUGAACUAGAAAUUAUUAUGCAUAAUUACAAGAUCCAAAGCUGAUCAUCUAUAUUAUUUCUAGAAGCUCCAUUAUUUAUAAAACUGCCUCGAUAUUCAGUCAGCGUAUUCCGGUAGACUAUAUUUGAACUAGUUAAACAGGUUGGUUAUAAUUUCUGACAUCACCUAUACUGGGAGUGAUUUUUUUCCCCUAUAAUUUGUAACCUUUAUGCCAGAGUGCUACCUCAGUGUUGAGGAGGCCAAUCUAUUUUCCUCUUUGUAAUGCUUUGGCCAACCAGUUUUUAUGGUUGCCAAACCUAAAUUCAAACUAAAGAAAAAGAAAAAAAAACAUACAUAUAUAUAUGUAUAUUAUAUAUAUGUAUGUAUGUAUGUGUGUAUAUAUAUAUAUAUAUAUAUAUAUAUAUAUAUAUAUAUAUAUAUAUAUAUAUAUAAUGAUAUCAAUCAAGGUUUUUCAGAAUCUUUCUUUUUAUGGAUUUUAUUUUUAAAUAAAAUAAUGAUUUUAUUUGAAAUUAAAAUAGGCUUCUGCAUUUUAAGAUUAAAACAUGGUAGGGAUUUCAAUAUAUUGUGUUAUUAUUUGUAUAUUUUAUAAUGAAUGAGAAAAAGGGAAUGGCUGUGUUUACACCAUCAAACUAAAUGUUUUGCCUCCUUGUGCAAGAUCCUCUGGUUGGAAUUUUAUUGCAUAUAUCACAGGGAAACUAAUGGGGGAGGAAUACAGAAAAUAACCAAAUUGACUUUAAUAAAAAAAAAAAAUAAAUAAAAAAUAAACAAAAAAAAAAGUAUGGCCAUUUGGAUAGAGUAAAUAGUGUCCAUUGUGCAUGUUUGUUUUGCUUUAGACCCUCAACUACUACAUUAUAUAAAAAACAACAGGUUAUUCCCAAAACAUCAGGUAAAUUUUCCCAAGUAGAAAGUAAUGUGAAAUGCAUAUAUGCAAGUUCAGUUGCAAAUCUCUGCAGUCAUGUUGAUAGUACGCUUAGUUUGUAUCGUAAAAUUUUCCCACAUGCAGUUCACGUUAUGUUCUCCUUUGGGCAAAGUGAUGUUACAGAACUGACCUGGUUCCCCAUGUAGUAAUGCAGUGUUACUCCCUCAUUCCACCCGGCCAUGACUGCCAGGGUGGACGACAUCACGAACAGGGUUUUUGACUGGUGAAUUGUAAGCUAUUUCAAGUCUUGGCUUCAUGUAACAAAUAUUGUAUAAAACGACUAACAUAAUCCAAAGGAUUGAAGAAAAAUAUAGCGGUAAUGAAUGCUGGUCAAAAUUCUGUUUGUGUGGUGACGUCCUUCAGUUUCUCAUGUUAGUUAAAUUCAUGUAUUGUACAGCCACAUUAUUAUUGAUCAUGAAUAAUAAAUAUUAAUAAAUAUAUAUUGUAUAGAGUCGGUGAAAGAUGAGAUUCACAUAUUAAUAUAAUAACUCAUGAUCAUAGCCAUCAGUCAAAUCCAAUGAGUGCUAAAGUGAUUGCCUGAGGUUGGGCCCAUUAGGGUCACUAAUUUAUAAUUUAGUUGUAACAACCCGUGCACAUGGUACUCAAAUAUUAUUUUUAUGGAAACAUAGCUGUCCUGCCUCCGUCAUUCCUAUUUUGUUUCAGUAUUUUGGAAUGUAUUUCCUGGAAUCAAUGGAUGCAUAUUACCACAGUAAUAUACUUCCCUGUAUUAUAUUGUGAAUAUUUAAAUAAAGGACUAUAGUCCUAACAA